UGUAGAUUAGAACAGAGUCACAGGGAAUUACAUGAGGUGAAUUCUGACCUUGAAGAACGUAUCUUGGACAUCUGUGCAGCCUAUGAGAAGGAGAAGCAGGCCUUGAAUCGAGAGGUUGUGUCAAUAAGCCAGAAAUUAUUGGAUGCAAAAUUUGAGAUCAACAAACUAGAGGAAAAAAAUACCCGACUGAGAAAAGAUUGUGAAAUAGCAACACAGCUACUGCAGUGUACCCCUUCAUCCAGCUAUGCUCAGCAUAAGAUAUCAAAUCUACCUCACGACGUUCAGUAUCACGUCCAUAAGAUAAUGGGUGAAAUGGCUAAAUCAGGAGAUACUUCAACUUUGAGUCCCCCCAGUCAUAAUAGCCCUACGGCAACAUCAAACAACCCUGGGUACAUAACAGUGAGCAAUGAAAACAACCAACCUCUUCUGAACAGCGACUCUGCCAUCUCAAAUGGAUUCUUGGCUGGACGAGUGUACGACUCCGUGCCUGCUAUUGUCAUAGCCAAAGCAAUGCAAAGGAGAGAUGAAGAGGAAAGAAAAGAAAUGGAGAAACUUUUUCCGAAAAUGCGUAGAAAAAAAGUUGAGUUACCGUCUGGUGAAAUACAUGACAAGGGGACACAGACAUAUCAGCCAUACAAGGGAUUGAGCCAUGGAAAUUCCCUUCUCUGUGAAAAAUGUGGGGAGAGUAUUGCACAGAAAGGAAAUGAAAACACUAAGCCAAAUGAGGUGAACUUACUUGACUUAACUGAGUCCUCAUUUACUGAAAAAGUUGCAGCACCCACAAACGGACCCUCCCAUUCAAGCUUAAUUGCAGACUUAUUAGUUGAAUUUGAGGAUCAAACAAAAAUCAAUGUAGAAAAUGAGGGUUCUAAACCUGUAGAAAGCAGCGUCGAAUUACUUAGUAUUUUAGACACAAAUUUAGUAAGUGAAACAGAUGACCAAGCAGCUCAGCCAACACCGUCAGGUCAACUGUCUAAGAACGAAAUGGAUAUAUUUAUGGAUGCAGAGGAAGAGAAAAUAGUCCUAUCGAGAGCUAGUUCAUCGACAAGUCUGCAAAGUUCAGCCUCAAGGUCAUCUGAAGCGACAUCUGUGCAAAGCUUACCCUCGGAGCCAGUCUCAAGUCGGCCGCAGAGACCUCUAUCCAGUUCAAGCCUUCCAGGCAGUCCUUCAAGGAGAGCGAACCAGCAUAAGUCACGCUCAGAAUCUAAUAAGCAGAAUGGAGUCCAAGUUAAGAAUACGAUGGCUGAGAAAUUAAAUGGCACUCAACAGAUAUCAACACAAAAUGCGGGGAUUAAAAUAGUGAGGAGUAAAGCAAAUGCAUUGUCAGAUAGUAGCCAACUGGGAGAAGAUAUUCCACAAACUUUGAAAAAUAAUGAAAAUGGAAUUGUUCGUAAACCAGAAGCUACAGCAGGUGUACAGAGGCGCAAAUUGAUACCAGAGAGUCCUGCCCAAGAUGCUCUUGAGGAUGUCUCUAUUCCCCAGUUAGAGAAAUCAUCUGUGUCUGUUACACCUCCACAAAUAUUCCAACAGACUAGUGUCUAAUGUGGGGUUUGUUAAAAAAAGCACUCCAUGUUCAAUAACAAAUAAUUAUUAUAGAUCACUUUUAAGAAAUGUACCUGGUGAUACUAAAAUAUAUAAUCAUUUGUUCGAGAGAAACACAGGUUUACAAGUGUUUCUCAUUAUGAUGCUUCUCAGUAGGAGUUUGUAAAAAUGUUCCUACCACUAAGAGGCUACAAGACUCAUAAUAACCAUUAGCAAGAUAAGAGCUCAGGAUUUUUAGGUUUCAAAAGAAUUGUAAUCAAUAUGGGCUCAUAAAAAAUCAUGACUUAAUAUGUUGGAUGUCAUUUUUAAGACUUUAAGAUUUAUACAUGAGUUUUAAAUAUCCAUUUGAUGUGUUUAUUUGUAUUUCAUAUUUUAUGUGCAAAAUGGACCUCUGUAUGCUUACAUGCAUCAUUCAUUAUUCAUAGGCAUAUACUUAGAUUAUAACACUAUUGUUUACCUAUUUAUUACUAUAAUAUACCAUGAAAGCAUUAUGCAAUUUUUUUUUCAGUUAUCAAACCCUGAAUUUGAUCAAGUAAAAUACCUUGAAACAAACAUAUAAACAUUUACUGUUUAUUGUCCUGUAUUAUAUUAGCCAUACAUUCCUUAAGCAAUAAUUUAAUUGGUGUGAAGAUUUUAUCUCUCAUACUGUUUGUGAAAUUUUUCAGCCUUGAUCUGGGAAUGUGUUUCAUGUUUUUUAUUUUAAUUAUUGUCUUGUGCAAUGAUAAAUUUCAAUAUAUUCCCUUGAAAAAAUUAUAUAUCAAAAUUGAUUUCUUAAUUAAUAAAUUCAAAACAAAAAUGUUCUUAAUGUUAUUGAAUUUCAUAUUUUUGGCUGUUUUAUUUUACAGCUACUUUUGUACAAUACUUAAAUUUCCAACAAUAAUUUGUAUGUUAUAAUUCUUUGAUUGUUACUAUUUUUAUAUUAA